AGCUGAGUAUUUGACACGUCAAUUGUAUUUCCACAAUACAUGUUUUCUUGAAAAUUAUAAAAUUAAAUACAAUUUGUGUAUCCCAAAGAAUAUUUGAGUGUUUUCAAUAUUUGUGCACCGAUUGUACAAAACAUAUUCAUUUGAAAAUUAUACCUUCAAUUAGUGCAGAAAAACUACUUGAUAAAUUUGUGUGACAAACAUGGCGUUGGCCGAGGGACCUUGCUAUACAAUCAUCAACUCGCCGGACAUCGAGGUACCGAACGAGAUGCAACUUAAACAAGACCUCGAGAAAGGCGAUACCAAUGUGAAAAUCGAAACAUUGAAAAAAGUUAUACAGAUGUUGUUGAACGGCGAACGACUAUCGGGCCUGAUAAUGACUAUCAUCAGAUUUGUGCUUCCGGUACAAAAUCACCAAAUCAAAAAACUAUUACUCAUCUUCUGGGAGAUAGUGCCGAAAACCUCAGCCGAUGGCAAACUUUUGCAAGAAAUGAUAUUGGUGUGUGAUGCAUACCGCAAGGACUUGCAACACCCCAAUGAAUUUCUACGUGGCUCAACUCUACGUUUUCUAUGUAAACUAAAAGAGCCCGAGCUUUUGGAGCCACUUAUGCCGGCCAUACGUGUGUGUCUGGAACAUCGUCAUUCUUAUGUGCGACGAAAUGCAGUUUUGGCCAUUUUCACCAUAUACAAAAAUUUCGAUUGGUUAGUGCCCGAUGGUCCAGAGUUGAUUGCUAAUUUCUUAGAAACUCAACAGGAUAUGUCUUGCAAGCGUAAUGCUUUUUUGAUGCUGCUGCAUGCCGAUCAAGAACGUGCACUCAACUAUCUGGCUUCUUGCAUUGAUCAAGUAAACAACUUUGGUGAUAUUCUGCAACUGGUCAUUGUGGAGCUCAUCUACAAAGUUUGCCAUGCCAAUCCAUCGGAACGUUCACGUUUCAUACGUUGUAUUUACAACUUGCUUAACUCAUCAUCAAAUGCUGUGCGUUAUGAAGCGGCUGGCACACUCAUUACACUCUCAUCUGCACCGACCGCUAUACGUGCUGCAGCUAGUUGCUACAUUGAGUUGAUUGUCGGUGAUAGCGAUAAUAAUGUCAAACUGAUUGUAUUGGAUCGUUUAAUUGCGAUGAAAGAAAAUGAGAAUAUGGAGAAAGUGAUGCAAGAUUUAGUAAUGGAUAUACUACGUGUACUGGCCGCACCAGACAUCGAAGUGCGUCGUAAGACAUUGGCACUUGCCAUGGACCUGGUCUCCUCACGCAAUAUUGAGGAAAUGGUGCUUGUGCUAAAGAAAGAAGUUUCCAAAACUCACAAUGUUGAGCAUGAAGACACUGGCAAAUAUCGUCAAUUGCUUGUACGCACAUUACACUCUUGCUCCAUUAAGUUCCCCGAUGUGGCCGCAAAUGUAAUACCCGUGCUGGUUGAAUUCCUUUCCGAUACAAAUGAAUUUGCUGCCGCCGAUGUAUUGAUUUUCAUACGUGAAGCUAUACAGAAAUUCCCCUCACUGCGUGCGCUGAUCAUUGAGCGUUUAAUCGAAGCAUUCCCACAAAUAAAAUCGUCGAAAAUACAUCGUGCAGCUGUUUGGAUAUUGGGUGAAUAUGUAGACAACAAAGAGCAGAUACUUGAGGUAACCGAAACCAUAAUACAAACUUUGGGCGAUAUACCAAUGGUGGAAGCCGAGCAGAAACGUCUAGCGGGUGAGCAGACAGAUGAGGGACAGAAAACCACUGAGACCAAUACGGCUUCGGCGGGCAAUAAAGUCACCUCGGAUGGUACAUAUGCCACGCAAAGCGCAUUCAGCUUGGCGCCUGUCGCUAAGAAGGAGAAACGUCCACCACUACGUCAAUAUUUAAUGGAUGGUGAUUUCUUUAUUGGCGCUGCACUCUCAGCUACACUUACUAAACUGGCACUACGUUAUGCCGAGUUGGAAGCUGAUGUGCGUCAACAAAAUCGUUUAACUACCCAAGUUAUGCUCAUUAUGAGUUCCAUUUUGCAUCUGGGCAAAUCAGGUUUCCCCACCAAACCCAUCACCAAUGAUGACAUCGAUCGCAUCUUCAUUUGUUUGCGCACGCUGAGUGAACGCACCAAAGAGGCCGUUGAAGUAUUCCAACAUUAUUGCCGCGACGCACUCGGCAAAAUGCUUGAUGCCCAACAUGAGGAGGAUCAACGUAUUUUGAAAGAGAAACAACGCGCCGCCGCCAAGGUACAGCCUGAUGAUCCCGUGGCAUUUGCACAACUCUCUAAUGGGCGUGACAAUCAAUUGGGCGAGAAUGUGUUUGAAACUAGUUUGAAUCAAGCUUUGGCCGGCACUAAGUCGACCAAUUUGAGCGACAUCACUUCGCCCAAUAACAAACUCAAUAAGGUAACACAAUUGACCGGCUUCUCUGAUCCCGUCUACGCUGAGGCUUAUGUAAAUGUCAAUCAGUAUGACAUCGUUUUGGAUGUGUUGAUUGUGAAUCAAACAAACGACACGCUACAAAAUUGCACGCUCGAAUUGGCAACUUUGGGUGAUUUGAAAUUGGUUGAACGUCCACAUCCAGUGGUAUUGGCGCCACAUGAUUUCUGCAACAUAAAGGCAAAUGUGAAGGUUUCGUCCACAGAGAAUGGCAUCAUUUUCGGCAAUAUCGUUUACGACACAAGCAUCAAUACAAAUGUUGUUGUGCUGAACACCAUACAUAUUGACAUUAUGGAUUAUAUAAUACCCGCUUCUUGCACUGACACAGAAUUCAGACAAAUGUGGCAAGAUUUCGAAUGGGAGAAUAAGGUAACUGUAAAUACCACAUUCACCGAUUUGCAUGAAUAUUUGAAACACUUGUUGAAGAGUACCAAUAUGAAAUGUUUGACACCAGAGAAGGCGCUCAGCGGUCAAUGCGGCUUUAUGGCUGCCAAUAUGUAUGCGAAAUCAAUCUUUGGCGAAAACGCGCUUGCCAACCUUAGCAUUGAGAAACCCGUGGACGAUCCCGAUUCCAAGGUGACCGGUCAUAUACGCAUACGUGCUAAAAGCCAGGGCAUGGCUCUAAGCUUAGGCGAUAAGAUCAGUUCAUCACAGAAACAGUCAGUGCAGGCCGCUUAAAUGCUGACAGACAGACAGAAGUAUGAACUCUUAGUGUAUUAAUUGUAACCGUUUACGAAAUUCAUCAUUUCAAAUUUAAAGAAUUAUUGUGUGUGUGGGUGUAAACUCUCUUUCAUAUUGUUUAAUUAUAUUUGAUUUCUUUGUGUUGCCCAAAAUUGCAUAUACAUACAUACAUAUAUUCGCACACAAAGUACAUUCUACGUAUCUAUAUGUAUGUAAAACCAUUAUUUGUUAGUUUAUCAUUGCUAAAAGAUUUACGAAAAGCUUAUAAUUCCAGCUAUUUAAUAGAAUAAAAAGCAUUGCUUUACUUUAUGUACGAGAAAUAUAUAAAUAUAAAUACUGCAUACACCAUA